AUGCUUACGAAACGAAUCAUCCUCUGGGGCGGUUUUACUUUCUCCGCUGCCGCCUCCACCUUUAUUUUCUUCAACAUUUCCACCACUUACUCUAGCUACUCACCCUCCUUCUUCUCGUCCAAAACCUUUACAAGCAAAAUCCGUUUGGAGCAGCAAGGUCUGAUGCCCGGUAUCCCCUGUCCCGGCGAGGGCCGCGGCCGCGGCCACCUCCCCCAAAGCGGCGACCUAAGCGGGCCCAAGUCAUUCGCCUUUUACGUCGGGACGCCGGAACUCCUGGAGCAACGCAGUAGUGAGGUGUCUUCGUAUGUGUUGACGUUUAAGGAGCAGCAUGUGCAGCAGCAGGACCAGAACCGCUCCGAGUCCAAGAAAGAAUUGGUGGUGGUGCAAGGGUUUGACCCGGACCGGGUCUAUUCGGCCGACGUGCCGGACACGCUCGGCGUGCAGUUCUUGGCGAGCGAUCCCGCCGCUGAUAUGGGCUUCAUCACCCCGAAGCGGUACUACGUUGUCUUUGAUCUUCUUCCCUCCUCCGGUGGCAGUGACGGCGCUAGCCACGACCACGGCAACCAAACAAUACAAACACAACAGCAUGAACCACGACAGAGCAAAUUCCUCCCCACCCUCAUCACCCUCCUCUCCCUCACCCUCGGGCCCCAAACCGAGCUUCCUGACCUAUUGGACUUUUACCUCCGUGGCGACCGGGAUGCAUACCCGACAGCCAUGAACGCGGUCGAAUCGCCUUGGCGAGCCCUCUUGGGGCCAGGACACGACGACCUCGUGGAAGCUUUCACUUCGGUGGCUGCCAGACUGCCCGACCACCUCUCCCCAUUACGAAACGGGAUCGGGUCAAGCUGGAGCCAAUACAACCCCGUCUCUGGGCAAAAACAGUACUACAACUUGUACAAGCUCCUCGCUUUAUCCGGCUCCCGUGCCGACAUGGACGCUGGCGACACUCAAAAAGAGCCACGCAUCCGCUUCUUCCGCGACUGGAUCGCCGACGGCUCCAGCACCCCGUCCUUGCUCCCCCACGCCGUCGAAGCCGCGCUGAUCCGGGGCGGGUGGCGCCACCCCAAGGUCCGCGGCCUCUCCACGCUGCGCUUCCCACCCUCGGAACACGACGGCGGGCGGGACGCGUGGUCCGCCGCCGCCAAGGACCUGCUCAACGCCUUUCGGGAGGUGGGAUACCUCGACACCUCGGCCGGUCGGAGGCGGACCAUCCAGGAACUGGCGUCGGGGAGGGAGAUUUUGAACGCGGGGUACCCGCAUAGCCCGGCGUGGGCGACGGCCAACAAUGAGUUUUGCAUCGAGAUGAUCAAGUACGUCUUGGUUUCAUUGAACUUGAAAUCGGUGAGGGACGCCCUCAGCAAGCCCGACCGCCUCAGGGACCUCUUGCCAUCCGCCGCGUGUCAUCCGGGCGACAGGGAAAUGCUGGAAUUCCUGCUCGGCGAGCCUUGGGGCAUCUUGGAGGAGACGCUCAAUUCUAUGCACUACGAGCUCAAUUGGGUAGGUGGAGCGGCAUCGGGAUCGGAACGCUGGGUGAGAAAGGUGGUCUUGAUGCACGAGACGAUUCGGUGGGGGGACGCGGAAAUGGUGAAGCUGCUGCUGGAUCGCGGGGCCAAGAUGUUGCGGGACGAUGGUCAUGGCGACAAAGCCGAAAAGAAGACGCCGCUCAUGGUGGCGGAGGAGUUGGGCGAGAAUAAUCAGGGCAAGGAAAAGAUUGAGUUGUUGCUGAAAGCGCUGAGGGAGAGAGGGUUGGGGAGGGAUCAUUGGGAUGAGCCGGAUGAGUUGUAUGAUGAUGAUGGGUUGGAUACCUCUAGCUCUGGGGAAGAGGGAGACGGAGAGGAUAAGGGAGAGAGGGAGAAACUUUGA